AUGGUAUUUUCGAUUGUCUGUUUGUUUCAAAUACCACAAUCCUGGAUGCAUCUAUUUCGUGAGCCUGAAAAUUGUAAUUUAUGCCAUAGAAUAAAGAAAAUCGAUCGUAUUGAAAAUAUUAACCCCGAUGAUUUUGAAUCCAUUUAUGCGUAUUCAGGACGUCCUGUGAUUGUAACAGAUGGUACAAAAAAUUGGUCUCCUCUCAGUACUUUUACUUUUGAAUUUUUUCGAGAUUUGUAUAAAGAUUUUGAAGAAGAACAAAAUGAAUGCCAAUUUUUCCCAUACAAAACAGAAUUUUUAAGUUUAAGUGAUGCAUUGAAUAUGAGUAUUGAACGUGCUCAUUUAAUGGAGGGUACAAAACCAUGGUAUUUUGGUUGGAGUAGUUGCAAUAAAGCCGCUACGAAAUUAUUACGCCAACAUUAUACGCGACCAUAUUUUUUACCAACCAUUUCGGAGAGCACAACAUUGGAUUGGAUUUUUAUGGGUGGUCCUGGAGAUGGUGCACAUUUACAUAUUGAUGGCGUAAAAUAUCCAUCUUGGCAAGCACAAUUAUCUGGGCGUAAACUUUGGCGAUUAGUUCCACCUCCGGAAUGUUAUUUUUAUUGCCAUGAAAUUGAGGAAAUUGUGAGUCCUGGUGAAAUAAUUGUAGUGGACACUAAUAGAUGGUAUCAUCAAACAUUCAUCGUCUCGACAAAUGUGAGUAUAACAAUUGGAUCCGAAUACAAUUGAACAAAUAUUUAUCGAUUAUAUUAAAUAAAAGUAUUGUAUCAUGUUAUA